AUGUCAUCAUUGAAUAUGGAUCCGAACCUCUCCGCGGCCAUGCACCCCCAGCAGGUCGCCGUGGCCGCCAACAACCUGCAGCAGGGCGCUCACCCCAACAUCUUGCCGCACCAGACCACUCCCACAACACAUCACGGCCCUGGACGUCCCCCUAACUCGGAAAAACAGCUAGUCAUUGACGGUCGCCGCUUCCAGCGCCUCGAGGACACCGUCAACAAGCUGCUCGAGCUCACCCAGCUCAUGAUGAACCGUCAGGAGGAGCUGAACGACAUCAUGGUCCAGCGCCAACAGAACCUCCAGAACCAGGUCUCCUUCACCGAGGAGCGCCUGCAGCUCGCCAUGGACAACAGCGGCCACCCAGACGGUGAGGGCGAGGACGACGAUGAAGACGAUGACGACGACGAGGAGCGCGACCCGCCGGACAUGGCCUACCCUCCCCUUGGCAUGCAGUUCCGUCCAAACUUUGGCGCCAAGAAGGCUCUGGAGGGCUUGCUAGACAACAUCAACCUGUGGGCUAAGGAGCACGGGUACAAGUGUGCUACCCUGCGGAGCACUCAGAAACCUGGCGAGCGUGUUCGCGUCGCCAUCCGAUGUGCCCUGGGCGGCGAGGCCAGGUACAAGAUGACUGACGAGAACGGGGAGACGCUGAUUCGGACAAAGAGCGGCCAGCUGCGGAAGCCCUACCGCAAGAGAACGAGCAAGAAGACCGGGUGCCAAUUUGGAUUCAUCCUCGGAGAGACCGGCCAGGGUACCAACAUCUUCGAGGUCCGCUACCACCCCAAUGGAAGCCCACCUCACAAUCACCCUCCCAUGGAAUUUUAG